AUGUUGGUCGGGUCGGACCAUGUUAAUUAGGUACAUGAGGGGAGUGCCGGUUAGAGAAGAGCUCGGAUAACACUUUAUCGGUUAAAUAUUCGACCGAUGGAUCUAAGUUGUGCCCUGGUGGUGGUGAUGGUGGUGGUGGUUGUGAGAAGCCGUGCUACUCUGGAGCUUUGUGCCGUCGAUUAUGAUACAGGUCAAAUGACGAGGGACGUGAUGAUGUUUUCUGGAUUCGCAUUAGUUGAUCUUUGGGUCUUUAAAAUCAGCAUCCCAUUCAGCAUCUCGCUAAAGCCACCUCAGUCUCGGGACCUAGGGGUCAUUCCCUUGCCGAGAUGUGGCGAUCCAAAACGAGAACAAAACAGCAAGCCUGGACAAAGAGACAUCGACGUUGAGCAUACCACAGAUGGGCAUGGGGACUCGAGCAUUGCUGAUUAGAACUUUGCAAAAGGGUCAGAGGACUGAAGUAUCAUGGCUGUAUGAAAUAGAGAUGAAGAGACAACCGAGCAAGAAGAGGACACCAGCAACCUAUAAAUGGCUAGGCUCAACAAGGCCACACUGCCAAGUGCUAUGAAAGUUG